ACGUUUCCGCUAUUUCCAUUUUUGGGAAAUCCAAAAUGGCGCAUUAAUAAUAAACGCACGGUCCUGCUUGUUUUCUAAUGGGAGCAACUAUUCAAUAUGGCAGACAAAAAAGGGAAGUCUACAGGAGUGAAGAGGGUUCUGACAAAAAAAGAGCAAGAAGAGUUAAAGAAAAAGGAGGAAGAGAAGGCAGCUGAAGUUUUUGAGGAGUUCUUGGCAUCUUUUGACAGCAAUGAGAAAAGUGGAGUAAAGACAUUUGUACGAGGGGGGAUAGUGAACGCCACUAAAGAUGAGGAGGCAGCAGAAGUAAAGAAGAAUAAACUCUACAGACCUGCUGCUAAAUUCACUCCCGUACUACAGAAUGCGUCACCAGUGCAGCCUACAGAGCAUAAAAAAAGUGUUGUUAAAAAGAAAACUGAAGAAAAGAAGAAGAGUAACCUGGAACUGUUUAAAGAUGAGCUUAAACAAAUACAAGAGGAGAGAGAAGAGCGUUAUAAAAGAAAGAAGAAUGACCCGGGAGGGGUGUAUCCAGACAUCGAUCCUUCACUGACUCGGCGCUCAAUCUUUGAUGAUGACCCUACAGUGCCAACCACCACAAACCUGUAUAUUGGCUGCAUCAACCCGAAGAUGACAGAGGAGAUGUUGUGUAAGGAGUUUGGAAAGUAUGGCCCACUUGCCAGUGUUAAGAUCAUGUGGCCUCGAACAGAAGAAGAGAGAACCAGAGUGACUAACCGUGGUUUUGUUGCUUUCAUGACACGGAAGGAUGCGGAGAGAGCGUUGGCUGCUUUAGAUGGUAAAACAGUGAUGGGUUUUGAGAUGAAGUUAGGUUGGGGGAAAGCAGUACGAAUUCCACCCCAGCCCCUAUACACUCCUAUUGGGGUGUUGAAGACCACAGCUCCCCCACCCCCCUCAGGGCUGCCCUUCAAUGCGCAGCCGAGGGACCGCUUUCGCAACGACUUCACAAAACCUCGGGGACGCUCCCAGGAAGAUUUCUACAAGACUCUGUACGACGCCGUAGUGACAGUGGUUAUCCCAUCAGAAAGGAACCUGCUGUGCCUCAUCCACAGGAUGAUUGAGUUUGUGGUAAGAGAGGGACCCAUGUUCGAGGCCAUAAUCAUGAGCCGAGAGAAGAACAACCCAGACUUCAGGUUUUUGUUCGAUAAUAAAAGUCAGGAACAUGUUUACUACAGGUGGAAGCUCUAUUCUAUACUGCAGGGAGACAGUACAAGUGAAUGGAAGACAUCACAUUUCCGAAUGUUCCGGGGCGGCUCUCUGUGGAGACCCCCUGUCCUUAACCCAUAUCUUCAUGGAGAUGAGGAGCCGGAGGAGGAGUCCUCCCCGACUCAUGAGGAGGAGCUGAGAAAAGGGCAACUAAAGACAGAACACCGGGAGCAGUUGGAGGCAUUAUUGCGCAGUUUAACUCCUCGUAGAGUGGAGAUUGGGGAUGCCAUGCUGUUCUGUUUGGAGAAGGCUGAAGCUGCAGAGGAAGUGGUGUCCUGCAUCUCAGAGUCGCUUUCUAUACUCCACACCCCACUACAGAAGAAGGUUGCAAGGCUGUAUCUGGUUUCGGACAUCUUGUAUAACUCUUGUGCCAAAGUUUCUAAUGCAUCAUACUACCGGAAAUACUUUGAGUCCAGGCUGCCUCAGAUUUUCAGUGACGUUGGGGAGGCUUAUAGAAAUAUCCAGGCCAGACUGCAAGCUGAGCAGUUUAAGCAAAGGAUUAUGACUUGUUUCCGGGCGUGGGAGGACUGGGCCAUUUACCCAGAGUCCUUUUUGAUCCAGCUGCAAAACAUCUUUCUGGGCCUCAUCAAACCAGGAGAGGAAGUGAUUGAGCAACCAGAGCCGCCUUCUCCAGACCUGGAUGGGGCUCCGUUAGAUGGGACUCCUUUGGACGGAGUAGAGAUUGAUGGGACGCCUUUGGAUGAUCUGGAUGGCUCCCCUAUGCCUUGGGACCCUCAAUCCAUUGAUGGGGUUCCUGUUGAUGACCUAGAUGGGGUCCCUCUGGGACCUCCCAUGGAUGACCUUGAUGGUGUGCCCUUCGAGGAAAGCUUGGAUAAAACUGUGCCUAGUGUUGCCUUGUCUAAAUGGGAGCGAGUGGAUGAUGCAGAGCCUACAGCAAAAUCAGACUCUGAGGAUGAGAUGAAUGCUGGAAAUGUGAAGGAAAAUGAGGCGGACUCUGACGACAGCAGCAGCGAUGAUGCUGCCAGCCCCAGCAGGUAUGAGGGGGCGGAGUUUAAGAGCAGCUUAAAGAACUUUGAGAUGUCAGAGAGCAAGAGGACUCGACUCCGAGAGCUGGAGGUGAAGGUAAUGAAGUUUCAGGAUGAAUUGGAGUCUGGAAAGAGGCAGAGAAAAUCCAGCAUGAGCCUCCAGCAGCAGGUUCAACACUACAGAAACAAGUUAUUACAAAAGGAGUUCGACAAAGAUGAUGAAGAAAAGAAAGACAGGCCGGCGAGCAAGCAGAAAGACAGAUCGAAGAAAGAAGAGCGUAGAGAGAGAGGGGAGGACAAGAGCAAAGGGAGAGAGAGGGAGAAGGACCGAGAGCGAGAGAAGGAAAAGGAAAGAGAUAGAGAACGGGACAAAGAGAGGAGCAAGAAGAGCGAAGAUCGAGAGAGGAGCAGAGGCCGGAGCCGAGACAAAGAGGAGAAGAGAGACAGGACGAGAUCUCGGUCGCCGCGCAAGUCUUCAAAGCGUUCCCGCUCCCCGUCUCCUCCUCAGCGUAAAUCCUGGAGGUCUUCAUCUCGAUCGCCCCACCGCUCACACAAGAAGUCCAAGAAGAGCAAGCACUGAACACUGACCAUGUUUCUGACCUCUGUGACCUUUACUCUCCUUUUUCCGAAGCAGCUCGGGGAGGACAGCAAACCCAGCAAACAACCCCCAAACCCUCCUCCACGGACUGCUGCUGUUCUCACACACGCUUCUGUCCUACGAUGCUUCAGGGGCUGGACUUGGGCCAACAACCGCUGUCUGUUUAUUUCCCAGAAUCUCUCUCUCUCUCUCUCUCUCUCUGUGGCUGCUCCAAUCACACACAAGGGCUCGGCCCGGAUUUUUUUGUAAAAGGAAGCGUUUAUUUGUACAGUUCUUAAUUUUGUUUUUAAUGAAGCUCUCUUUGGAAAGAUCUGUUGCAGGAUUGGCCCACAACCUUUACAAUAAACAGCUCUUGGCAGUAACUGUG